GUAAUCCAUUCUAAUUGCUUCUAUGUAUUUCACCUAUGACAGAGUACGGAAUGGGGAAUGGAGUUUCAACUUGUGGAGAUGUGUAUAGCUAUGGGAUCCUUUUACUGGAAAUGUUUACAGGAAAGAGACCCACUGAUGAUAUGUUCGUAGGAGGUCUUACUCUUCCUAUGUUUGUGAAGAUGGCAUUUCCUGAACAAAUCACAGAUGUCAUUGACGCUCAUUUGCUCACACCAAGUGAUGAUGCUGAAAGCAUGAAUUAUGAAAGGGCAACCAACUGCAUGGCUUCAAUUCUUAGAAUUGGUAUCUCUUGCUCAAAUGAAUUACCAGCUGAGAGAAUGGAGAUGGACAACAUUAUCAAGGAACUGCAUAGUGUCAGAGAUAUGCUCACGAGGGAUGGAAAUCAGGGGGAGAGAGACAGAGCGCUGCAGAGUGGGGAAGGUUCAUCUACAAAUAUUCAGUAACAAACUUCUGGUAUGGGCAUGUGCUACGCAUGUGCAAACACACACACUCACACACAAUUCCUAUUGAAAUCAAUUUUAUAGGCAUAAUGGUUGAUUUAAGUGAGGAUAACCCCUUCGUUUUAUAUAGUUUCUGCUAAAAUAUGCCUGUGUAAUCAUA